GUCUUGUUGUGUACAUCCCAGCUACUUCCAGUGUACAUCACUCAUGAUUGGGGCAUUCGUAGUCUGCUGAUAGGCAGAUCCCACCUCCAAUCUCUUCAUACUGUAUAUAAGCGUCACUCUUGUCCCUCCAAUUCCCUCACCAUAAAACAAUCAUCCACAUCUCACCUCCCAACUACCUAUAUACAUACAAAGUACAGAAUACAACCCUCAAUAUCUCAUCAGCAUGACAGAAACCCUCCGCCCAGCCUUCGCCGACCGACCCCGACCUCUCCUCUCCUACGGCAUCCCCUUCCCCACUGCAGCAGCACACCACAUCACCGACCUCUUCCACGCCUCCAAGAUCUACAUCCUCUGCUCCGCCUCCCUCGCCCACAACACCGAUGCCCUCGACCGUCUCACCCGCGCCCUAGGACCGAACAAGAUCGCAGGAAUCCGCAUCGGCAUGCAAAGCCACACGCUCUGGUCAGAAGUACUAGAAGUAGUCCGCGACGCCCAAGCCGCGGAGGCAGAUCUCCUGAUCACCCUCGGCGGGGGGAGUCUAACAGAUGCCGCGAAGGUGGUUGCGCUGGCAAUAUCCAACAACACCACCACCUCCGACACGCUCCUCACCUUAACCACCGAACCGCCGACCCCAAACCCGCCAAUCAAACCCCCCUCCAUCCCCAUCAUCUCCAUCCCCACCUCUCUCUCCGCAGGCGAAUACUCUUCCUUCGCGGGCGCCACCCACGACACUUCCCGUCGGAAAUACACCUUCGCAGCACCGAUCCGCGGCCCGCAGCUUGUCAUCCUUGACCCGGAGCUGACUGCCACCACUCCCGAGCGGAUCUGGUUAGGGACGGGCAUCCGGGCGGUGGAUCACUGCGUCGAGACGUAUCUAUCCUCCGGGGUGGGAAGUAGUGAUGGGGUUACGGAGGAGACGGAUCGGUUGGCGUUGCAUGCGUUGGGGUUGUUGGUUCCAGGGUUGGUGAGGUGUAGAAGAUUGAAUACUAAGGAGGGGAGGAUAGAUAGAGAAGCAGAAGAUGGUGAUGAUAAUGAUGGUGGGAAAGCAGCGCGGUUGGAUUGUGCCUUGGGCAGUGUGGAUGCUAUGGCUGCUUGUUCGGCCGGGUUGCCUUUGGGGGCGAGUCAUGGGAUUGGACAUCAGCUCGGCCCCCUCGGCGUCCCUCACGGCGAAACAAGCUGUAUUCUCCUCCCCGCCGUAUGCAAAUACAACGUCAAGUACAGCAGCACCAGCACCAGCGAUGUGACUGCCCGACAGACCAAGCUCCGCGAUUUCCUGCUCCGGCAGGAGGGCGUAUCCGGGGUGGUGCGCAAGCACUAUGCAGAAGCAGCAGAAGUUGAUCUCGGAGAUUUGCUAGACGCAGUGAUUAGAGAGUUAGGGCUGCCGCGGUCGUUGCAGGCGGUCGGGGUGGGGCGGGAUCAGUUCGAAGCGCUGGCGGAACAUUGUCUGCAUGAUCGGUGGUGUCGGGCGAAUGUGGUGCCGUUGCAGGAGAAGGGGCAGGUGUUGGAGAUUUUAGAGAUGGUUGCUUAAGUAGUCUCUCUCCCUUUCUCUUUUCCUCUUUGUUUAUAUACUUAUCCUACAGUAUAGGAUUGAUCGAUUGGGAGUGAAGAAGAUAUAUGGUAUAUGUAGUACUAUGUAUGUAUUCGGCUUAUUAUGGUUCCCGACUACGUCACGUCUUGUCUUGUCUUCUCUCAUGAAAACCG